AUGCUGAGCACGCAGGACAACAAGCAGCACGGUGAUCAGCCCUCCUCGUCGGGCGGCGGCGGCUCGUUGCUGCUCCCACCAUCGCCUCGACCUAUCAACCGCCGCAUCGUCUCGGAUCGUGACCACCCAAGCAGCACGCAGUCGCUUCCUUCCAAUGGCACCAUUCGGCCCAAUCUCUGGAACGCUGUGCGCCAGCGUGUUCGUGUCAGUUCUGCCCUCAAAAAAGGAGGUGAUGCAGCCAAUCGUCGCUCCCGCGCAUUCGAGGACGAGCGCAGAUUCGAUGACGAAGGCAUCACCUCCGACACCCUUCGCACCGAUAUCGAUCAUCUGCUGGCACCCGGUCAAUACGCAGAGCAAUGGCAGUCGCUCGCUCACCUGUUCGAAGCGGCUGCAGAACAGGACGCGUCAGGUGGCCCUCGCUCCCGACUGCGGCAAAACAGGAAGAGCAAGCGUCUUUCGAUCGCACCCACCGGCCGAUCACGAUCGACGUCACCAGCGGCAUGCGUAUCUGUCGGUCCAUCUUCCGCCGACCGACCUGGCUUUUUGCAGCGAGCAGCGUCAUUCAUGCAGGGCGCCGAACAAGACCAUCCCGACGACUCCCUCGCAAGUAUUGCAGCGCCCUCGUCCUUCAAAGGUAGCUCGAGCUUCAAGCUUCGUUCUCGCCCGUCCAACUCGCAAAAUGACGGAAAGAGCACGGCUUCUACUACCCCCCUUGCAUCGACAUCCAAGGUUCCUGCCCACAGCGAUGUGGAAGAUUUGUUUGCGCACCGUGAUUCGCUGAGCGAAGAGCCGGCAAGCAUGUUGGCCAACGAUCCUGACCAAACUCCGCUAGGAGAGGAUCCAUUGCUCUAUGCGACCCAAGACCAGCUCCUAGACGGCGAGACCGACUCGGAUUCGGACACCGAUACUGACGCCGACACCAACUCUGACAAUGGUAGCAGAGCACAAACGGACCCAAGCUUAGCGUUCGGUGCCGAACCAACGCCGCCAAAGCAGAGCUCCAAUUUCAACAGACCAGGCACUAUGCAUCAGAAUAGAACAACGCGCUCGCCAACCGAUCGAGCCCAUCCGUCCAGCUCAAGUGGCCCGAGUGGAUCACUCCGAGCACUUUGGAGCACGAUAGCCUUCUACUUGAGCGGUGCCAAUCUCACUCAGCUCCAACGAAGCAUCAUCAAGUGCGCUCUUGCCUAUCUGCUCGCAUCGCUCUUCACUUAUUCCGCCACCCUGAGCCGCUGGUUAGCAAGCUUCCUGCCCAACAACGAUCCUGACGACGACGUGCCCUUCUCCAACUUGCACAUGAUCGCCACCGUCGCCGUUUACUUCCAUCCUGCCAAGACACUGGGUGCCAUGAUCGAGGCUGACAUUUUCGCGCUCGGAGCCUUCGUUUAUGCUAUCGCACUGGGCUUCUUCUCCAUGGCAGUCGCCGUCUUCCUCCACGAGACCGACCGCAUCAUCAUCUCGGACAUCGUCAGCGUCCUCUUCUUCCUCGGCAUUGGCAUGGCGCUUGUCGGCUACGCCAAAAUUAAGGUCGCCAAGCCCCAAUUCAACACGGCCUGUUCGCUUAUCUCUAUCAUUGUGUUCACCGUCGUUGUCAAAGAGGGCUCGCUCCAUCUCGGUCACUUCUCUACCGAGAAGACGUUCCAGGUAACGCUGGUCGUGUUGGCCGGCUCCUUCAUCAGCAACUUGGUCUGCUUCUCCGUGUGGCCGCAGAGCGCCACUUCCAACCUGCAAGGCGACAUUGUACGAAACCUGCGUGGAUUCUCGACGCUUCUGCGUGUCCUCACGAAGACCUUCUUGCUCGAAGACCCGUCCAACUUCCACUUCAAGAGCGAUCGCAUCAAGCGCGCUAUCGAUGACCACCACGAUAGCUUCACCUCGCUCAAAAAGAACUUGGAAGAGGCCAAGCUCGAAUCGCUCUUCGACUUGAGGAUGCGAGGCAUGAACGCCAAAUACGUUGAAGCCACCGACUCGCUCAACCGGCUAGCGCAGCAUCUGACAGGUCUCCGUAGCAGCUGCGGUCUCCAGCAUCAGAUCAUGGCAGCACGCAGAGAGGCGCAACAAGCAGCUGGAGAAGAGGUGCAGGCCAAGACCCAAGCGCAGCCGCGUCCAGCUUCGACGAGAUUGGCCGGCAUGUUCGAGUCGGAGUCGGAGUUCGGUAGUCACACUGGAGACUCCGUACCGCAAGCCAAGCUGUCCGCGAACGCCGACGAUACCACCGCCUUCGAAGAGUUCAUUGCCAGCGUCGGCCCGCACAUGCGCAGUCUCGUCUUCUCCUGUUGCCGUACGCUCCGAGGGUUGCGGUCCACCUUCGUCGCGAGCGAACCUGUCAGUGCCGAGCACAAGGUCUCGUUGCCAGACUCGUCCAUCCCAACAGUCAACAACAAUGCCGGCGGCAACACAUACACAGACACUUGGCCCGAUUAUGGCGGCGCGUCAGCCGGCGCCUACCUCCCAGGCUCGAGCUUCGAUGGCCUUCAAAAUGACAUUUCCAAUGCGUUGCGCAGAUUCCAGCAUGAGCAGACUGUUGCCAUCAAGCGGAUCUACACCAUGGAGCCCAAGAAGCUCGCACAGCAGCUCGACAGUGCCAGUCACGAUAUGCCAGCAGAUCAGAGCGGAAACGACGAAUACUUUGGCAGCAACGCGGCCAAGAGCCUGCUGCAAGACAGCAACGGAGACGAAGACGUCUUUCUCAUCUUUUUCUUUGUCUUUAAUCUGGAAGAGUUCGCCAAAGAGUUGGAGGUACUAGUCGAAACGCUCGAAGAGAUCCGACGAGCGGAAGAGCACAUUGCCUUGGCGAGGCAAACGUCGCGGUGGAUGCGGUUGCGUCUCUUUGUCGGCACUUUCGGCGCCAUGCUGUCCGAGUACGCUUCGAUGUUUGGCUGGAGAUGGGGCCAGCAAGGCAACAGGCGCAAGGGCAGAUACAGCAAAACGGCCAGGGGUACGACAGCAGCAGCAAAGAAGAUGACGACACCGCUCGACUUUCCCUCGAACCGUCGGCAUGCUGUCGACACGCAUCAGACACCUAAGGCCAUGACGUGGCAAGAGAAGCUGCAGCGACUGGUAUGGCAGAUUGGAGAGUUCUUCCGUCAGCCUGAUACCAAGUUUUCGAUCAAGGCAGGUCUUGGAAGUGCUUUGCUAGCAAGCCCUGCUUUCUUUCCUUCGACACGGCCGAUCUUCACCAAGUUUCAGGGACAGUGGGCGCUGGUGAGUUUCAUGGUGGUGCUGUCGCCGACGGUGGGCCAGUCGAACCACAUGAGCCUCCACCGCAUUGUUGGAACGGUGAUGGGUGCCUGCGCUGCGGUCGGCGUCUACAAGCUUUUUCCGGACAACAACAUCGUGCUGCCAGCGUUUGGCCUGCUCUUCUCGAUUCCUUGCUUCCGCUACAUCGUGGGCAAGCCUCAGCUGGCAUCGAGUGGGCGCUUUGUGCUGCUCACGUACAAUCUCACCGCGUUGUACAGCUACAAUCUGCGCAAGACCAACGUCGAGGUGGAGCAGAUCGCGUACCAGCGCACGGUCUCGGUGCUUGUGGGCGUGCUGUGGGCGACGGUACUCAACCAGCUGGUGUGGCCGUUUGAAGCGCGACGUCAGCUGGCUCUGGGCGUGUCGGACGUACUUUUCAAACUGGCAUGGCUCUAUCAGCGCUUGGUACUGUCGUACUCCCGAGACCCCUCGCAAGUGGGUCAAGGAGGCGACGACUUGGACGGUGACGGGCAAGACAGCGACAAUCGGGACGACGACGAUGAGGAAGCGGCUCUGCUGGGCACAUUUGCAUCGCGACACGGCGACGAGUUCCAAGCGAUCGAGCUGCACCUGCAAGUGUCGCUGAUCAAGUUGGAAGGGCUGCUAGCGCAGACGAAGAACGAGCCUCGACUGAAAGGACCUUUCCCCGUCGCCACGUACCGUUCGAUGCUGUCGUGCUGCCAAAACAUCCUGGACAAGCUGCAUAGCAUGCGAUGCGUGACCACGCGCCAGGAUUGGUACCGGCAUGUGCGGCGCGACUUUGUGAUCCCGGUCAACGCCGAACGUCGCGAGAUGGUGGGCAAUGUGCUGCUCUACUUUUACACGCUCGGGUCUGCAUUCCAUCUCAAGAGCCCUGUGCCGCCGUACUUCCCACCGGCUGGACAGUGCCGAGUGCGACUACUGGAUCGAAUCAGAGAGUUGCCGGUGGUGAAGCGAAGGGCGGUGCGUGGGUCGAGCGCCUACCUUCUGUUUUACUCGUACGCACUGGCGAUGAAGGAUGUGAUCGAUCAGCUGGACUCGUUGGGCAGGUUGACGCAGCAGAACUUUGGAGUUUGGGGUGGCAGUGUGGAUGACUUCGAACGACACUUCGUGGUGAGUGCUGCGUCGGGGAUGCCGAGCCCGUCUACGAGCAAGAAGCCGUCGCGGAGCCAACUCGGUGCGAGUGGCUGA